GAGAGAGUGGUUGAUUGUAGCUGCUUACUGCAUCCUCUCUCUUACACACACACAUACACACACAGAGGUUAUGGUAGCACAUUCUCAGCAGAUUCCUUGCCAGCUCUCUCUCUUUAAAGUAUAUUAUUCCUUCUCUCCUUUUCUAUUUCCGAAUAGAACAUGUGUGGAUGUGCAGUUGCAGUCAGUUGAUCAGCCCCCAAGUCGAGAGCCGGGAAAUGAAGCUUGCAAAGUUCACCUUCGACCAACUUGCUGCUCGGAUCUUCUGGUUGCUAUCGGUGCUAACAGUUUUGGUGCAGAACUCCGAGGCAGCGGCUUGUCAUGGGUGUUCGACGAAUUCGGGUUGCGACUGUAGUGGAGUGAAAGGUGAAAAGGGUGCAAGAGGCCUACCGGGAUUGGAAGGUCACAUUGGUUUGCCUGGUUUCCCGGGACCAGAGGGGCCACCUGGACCAAGGGGUAUAAAGGGCGACACUGGACCAUCUGGGUUUCCAGGACCUAAAGGAAUAAGGGGGCCCCCAGGUCUUCCCGGCUUUCCCGGAACCCAUGGUGUUCCAGGGUUACCAGGUCAAGAUGGGCCUCCAGGUCCUCCAGGCAUCCCAGGUUGCAAUGGAACGAAAGGAGAACGAGGAUAUCCAGGUAGUUCCGGCUUUCCUGGGACACAGGGCCGCCCAGGUCCUCCCGGGCUUCCAGGCAUUAAGGGUGACCCAGGUGAAGUGUUGUCAUCGUAUUUGUCAGGGCAGAAAGGAGAUCCAGGACUGCCCGGUCUCCCUGGAGUGCCAGGCCCCCAAGGCACAUUGGGAGCACCAGGUGCACCUGGCUCAGCUGGUCCUCCAGGUCAGCCGGGUGCUCCUGGUCUACCUGGACCAAAGGGGAACAUGGGUUUGAAUUUCCAAGGACCCAAAGGGGAGAAGGGUGAUCCAGGUCUUCAGGGUCCCCCAGGUCCCCCGGGACAGUUGGAACAGCUGAAUUCUCCUGGCGUCGAUUUCCAGAAAGGAGACAAGGGUGAGAUUGGACCGCCUGGCUUACCCGGGGAGAGGGGCUUCCCUGGCCCUCCUGGUCCCCCUGGCUUUAGUGGAAAAGGAGAGAAGGGUGAGCCUGGAGAUCCAGGAAAGAGAGGUAAACCUGGCAAAGAUGGAGAACCAGGCAACCCAGGAUUUGAUGGGGUCCCAGGGGAUGUAGGCCGGCCAGGAGGACCAGGCAGAGAUGGACCCAAGGGUCAGAAAGGAGAACAUGGCUUCCCUGGUCCUCCAGGCAUCACUUUUCCAAGACCAGGUGUUACAAUUGGACAAAAAGGUGACCCAGGUUAUCCUGGUCCUCCUGGAGAAAAAGGAGAUCGAGGCCCCACAGGCUUUCCAGGGUUGCCAGGGCCAUCGGGUUCCCCAGGUCAGUCCAGUGUAGGACCACCAGGCACCCCAGGUUUCCCAGGUGAAAGAGGUCCAAAAGGGAAUGAAGGCAUACCUGGGUUUUCACUCCCAGGUCCACAAGGACAAAUUGGUCCCCCAGGUCCCGCUGGUCCUCCAGGCCCUCCCGGACAACCAGGGUUUUCAGGCCUUGUUGGGGAACAAUGCCGGCCUGGGCAGCCAGGGUUACCGGGGCCACCAGGAUCGCCCGGCUUCCCAGGAGAGAGAGGACUGAAAGGUGAUAGGGGAGAAACUUGCAUCAAUUGCUUAGGAACUGGCAGUGGUUUUCCUGGUCUGCCUGGACCUCCCGGACCACAUGGUAUUCCAGGUCAACCAGGUUUGCCUGGAAUGAAAGGAGAUCCCGGACUACCUGGUCCAAUUGGAACUUUAGGACCACCUGGGUCGCCAGGCCGUCCUGGUAGUCCAGGAUCCCCUGGCCCAAAAGGUGACCGAGGAGAUGGCUUUGGCUUUCCAGGUGCAAAAGGUGAUCGAGGUAGCUCUGGUUUCCCAGGACCCCCAGGACUUCCAGGAUUAGAUGGCACUCCAGGAAGAGAUGGCCUUCCAGGCCCACCAGGUCCAAAGGGUGUACCUGGUGGCCUGGCCUUCAAAGGAGCAAUUGGACCACCUGGUGAUCCAGGUCCAAUCGGAUUUCCAGGAGAGAGAGGCACCCCGGGUCCACCAGGAUUUGGUCCACCGGGAUAUCCAGGUGAAAAAGGUGCUCAGGGAGUCUCAGGCCGUCCCGGAGCCCCUGGAGCUCCAGGUGCUAAAGGUGAUCCAGGUCGAACAGUCACUGAACCUGGUCCACGUGGUCCUCCAGGGCCCCCAGGUGAACUUGGACUAUCAGGCCGUCCCGGUGACCCAGGUCAACCAGGACAACCUGGCUUACCAGGCCUCCAGGGCCCAAAGGGGGACAUGGGAGUGCCAGGUAUUGGAUUCCCUGGUCCACCAGGUCCAAAAGGUUUGCAAGGAUUACCAGGUUCACCAGGUGCUCCAGGAAGCCCAGGAAGACUGGGCCGUGAUGGGUCUCCAGGCCAACCAGGGAUCCCGGGAUCAAAGGGAGAUCCUGGCUUUGGGCUUCCAGGACCACCAGGUCCUCCUGGCCUACGAGGUACCAAUGGAGUCCCAGGACCUAAAGGUGAUUCAGGAUUUCCUGGACCACCAGGUCAACCAGGGCGACCAGGAGUAGACGGCGCAAGAGGAAUGAAAGGCGAUCCAGGUUUCACCGGCCCUCCUGGUCCAGCAGGCCCACCUGGAAUAGGUGGUCGGGGCAUUCCAGGUCCACAAGGCCCACCUGGCCUUCCAGGUCAACCAGGGCUUCCCGGUCCCAUUGGUGAUAAGGGAGAUCCUGGUGCUCCAGGGCUGGAUAUCCCUGGCCCUCCUGGCGAGAAAGGAAAUACAGGAUUCCCAGGCAGUCCAGGUCCAGUUGGCCCCCCAGGUGUACCUGGACAACCGGCAAGAGAUGGGUUACCAGGUUCACCAGGCCCUAAGGGUGAUAUGGGUGUGAUGGGAACUCCGGGUCCUCCAGGUUCCUCUGGUCCAUCAGGUAUCCCGGGCUUUCAAGGUGCAAAAGGUAAUGAAGGCAGCCCAGGUAAUCCCGGAAACCCAGGCAGGUCUGGAUAUAAAGGUGAUAAAGGAGAAACUGGCCCCCCUGGUCUUCCAGGAAUAAGUGACUUGCGAGGCAAGGGGGAGAAAGGAGAGCCAGGAUUCCCAGGUUCACCGGGACUUCCUGGUGUGAAGGGUUUCCCGGGUUUACCUGGUGACGCAGGAACGCCAGGACAAGAUGGUUUACCAGGGUUGCCAGGAGGUCCAGGGGCCAAAGGAGACCCAGGGUUCCCAGGACAACCAGGAUCUCCAGGGCUACCAGGACCAAAAGGAUCAAUAGGUGAAAUGGGUCUGCCAGGUUCGCCAGGCAGUAAAGGUUCUCUAGGAAAUCCUGGUCGCCAAGGUCAACCAGGUUCCCCUGGUCGUCCAGGUUUACAGGGUGAAAAGGGUGACUCAGGUGUACCAGUACUAGGAUUGCCAGGCCCCCAGGGACAAAAGGGUGACCCAGGCUCUCCUGGUUUCCCAGGUAGCCCUGGAAGCAAGGGUAUUCCAGGUAGCCCUGGUCUUCCUGGUUUGCCUGGCGCGCCUGGUCCAAAGGGUGAUCUUGGUCAACCAGGAUUCCCAGGUGCUCCUGGAAUUCCUGGUCCCAAAGGAACUGAUGGCUUCCCAGGUCCUCCUGGCCUUAUUGGACUACCUGGUGCACCAGGUGCACCAGGUGAGCUGGGAAUUCCAGGCCCUCCAGGAGAGAAAGGAUAUCCAGGUCGCGAUGGUAUUCCAGGUCCAGCUGGUCUGAAAGGAGAUCCAGGUCCUCCAGGCCUAGGACGCCCAGGUGCCCCUGGUCCUCCAGGAAUUUCAGGAUCAAAAGGAGAUCCGGGUAUUCCAGGUAUCCCAGGAGGUCCUGGAGCUCCAGGUCCUAAAGGCGAUCCUGGAUUCCCAGGAUUCAUGGGUCAGCAAGGCCCACCUGGUCCACCUGGACCACCAGGACAAUCGUUGGAAGGCUCAAAAGGUUCACCAGGGCCUUCAGGUCAGCCAGGAAGACCAGGCCCACCAGGUCCAAUUGGUCAACGAGGUCCUCCAGGAUUUGGGGGCAUCAAAGGUGAAAAAGGCAAUCCUGGUCUUCCAGGGUCACCAGGAUUUCCUGGAUCUAAAGGAGAAAUCGGACAAUCAGGAAUACCGGGUAGCCCAGGACAACCAGGCUUCAAUGGACAGAAAGGAGACCCAGGCUUACCAGGUCUUCCAGGAUUUCCAGGAAUGAAAGGAUCUCCUGGGCCUCCUGGCCUUAAAGGUCCACCAGGUGAACUAGGACCACCCGGUGCUCAAGGUCCACGUGGUUUACCUGGACAAACAGAGUUUCUAACUAUCAAAGGAGAACCGGGUUUUCCAGGACCACAAGGUCAGCCAGGCCUUAAAGGAUCACCUGGUACACCUGGUCUGCCGGGGCCUCCAGGUCCAGUCGGACCACCUGGUGACCCAGGUCAAGAUGGCCUCCCUGGGUUUAACGGACCAAGUGGACAGAAGGGAGAUAGAGGUACUUCAGGCAAUCCAGGUGAGAGGGGUUUUCCAGGCCCACCUGGUCCAGAUGGUACCCCUGGAGUGCCAGGGCCUCCUGGAUUUGCUCCCGUAGCUCACGGAUUCUUGAUUACUCGACACAGUCAGUCAACAGAAGUGCCAUCCUGUCCUGCUGGAACUUCUAUCAUCUAUGAUGGGUUCUCUCUGCUUUAUGUGCAAGGAAAUGAGAGAGCACAUGGUCAAGAUUUGGGAACUGCGGGGAGCUGUCUGCGGCGUUUCAGCACAAUGCCAUUUAUGUUCUGUAACAUCAACAAUGUCUGUAACUUUGCCUCAAGGAAUGACUACUCCUAUUGGCUCUCAACACCUCAGCCAAUGCCAAUGAGCAUGGCCCCAGUAAAUGGAGAGAACAUCCGACCCUUCAUCAGCAGGUGCAGUGUGUGUGAAGCCCCAGCAUUAGUAAUAGCGGUUCAUAGUCAGACUAUUCAGAUCCCAUUGUGUCCAGAAGGAUGGGCCUCGCUGUGGAUUGGAUACUCCUUCAUGAUGCACACUAGUGCUGGUGCUGAAGGAUCUGGCCAAGCUUUAGCUUCUCCCGGUUCCUGCCUGGAGGAAUUCCGAUCUGCACCGUUCAUCGAAUGCCAUGGCCGGGGCACUUGCAACUAUUAUGCCAACUCGUACAGCUUCUGGCUAGCUACAGUUGAGGUGGCGGAGAUGUUCAGGAAGCCACAAUCUGAGACUCUGAAAGCUGGAGAACUCCGAACACGUGUGAGCCGCUGUCAAGUGUGUAUGAAAAGGACGUAAUGCAUUGGCUUCCGGCAUUGAGACAACAACCGAGGUCGGCUGAGAAGAAGAAAACCAGCUCAAUAAAUAAAAAACUGUAGGGCGCUCUGUCUUCCAUUUACAAUGGUGCUACUGUGCGAAGCAAAAACAAACAUAAAAACAAAACAAAAAAAAACUGUUCACACAUAAUAUUCGUUUGUACGUACCUCAUGUAAAGAGUAAUCAGUGCAUUUUGGAAAGUAACAAGCGAGGAAACUGCAGCGUUGUGGAACGAGAAACAGUGGUGCCUCCUAUUCUUCUGUUUCAUUAGCGGGAAGAGGUGACCCCCCGAAAUGGCACUUUCUGUCAAUUUAAGAGUAAUGCACUGAAAACAUUACAACAAGACUGCUUACAUCUUCAUUUUAUUUUUGUUUGUUUUUGAAAGCAAUUUUUUCUCAUGGUGCUACUAACCAACUACUGCAUCCAGGUUCUUAAAUAUUAAUAAUUAAUAAUCAACCUGUUACUUCCUUGGUUUUUUUUGUAAGUACUGAAAAAUGUGUAUAUGAUGUAUCCAGGCUUUUAUCACUUGAAGAAUCUCAGCGUCACAAUUAUCACCAGUAACAUCAAGUUGUGCUUCACAUAUUACCGGCUCAAUUAGCAUUUUUACCUAUUUUGUUAAAAGUAGUAGAAUUGUGGAAAAAAAUUGCAGUAUUUUAUACUAUUGGAUUCACUUUACGGGAUUCCCCACUUUACUAUUGAACUACUGAUUUGUUUUUUUUUUGCAGGCAAUUUCAAAAUAUUCUCUUCUCCCAACCCUUUGUCCUCCCUUUAAAACAUUAUAAGCUGCAGUUUUCAAUUAUUAAAAGUUUUUUUGGAAAUUGUAAAAAGUUGUAUUUGUAGUUAUGAUCAGGGGUUUUUAAUAUGCAAAAAUAUACACUGUGCUACAUAAUUACAGCUUUCCGGAGGGGCCUUUAAAUGUUAAAUAUACUUUUUUUUUGUAUUGUCUAAAAUUAUGUAUAAUGAUUAGCCAUAAGAAGUGCCUGUGAAGAGAGAUUAAACUGUGUUUAUAAACCAUUUGCAAUCAAAUCAGAUCUCACUCUGUCCUAGUUUUCUGCAUUUCUCCCACCAUCGUUACCAUAAAGCGACACAGAAAGGUUACCAAAGGUUCAUUUAUUUUACUUCAGCAAAGAUGUGCCUCUCUCCAAAAGUGUUCUUUCUUGUAUAUUAUCCAGGACAGUUCCAAACGGCUUUAUAAAACAAAAAAAAAUACAAAUCUGAAAUAAAGGAAACAUUGACUUAAAAA